AUGCGAGCUCGCAAGUUUUUUUCAGCUCGCAUAUCCUUUUUGUGCGUGGUGUAUUUUUUGCUUGUUGUGCUUAACAAGUCGGCAAGCAUCUUAAAGAACCUUGGAAUAAUUAAAUACGGAAAAGAUAAAAACUGCAAAAAACUGCUUUUUCUUGCUCUUGCCGGUGUAGUUUCUUCUUUGAAGGAGCUGGUUAUAUUUCCUGUUGAGAUAAAGUAUCUCUCGAAGUGCGCCAUGUGCAUGCACCGGCGGAUUGAGGCAGAGGUGUGGAAGGGCGGCGCGGAAAGCGACGUUUCUGCGCUUUUGGCAGAAAGGGACGCGUGCAGCAGCAUUGCAGAGGAGAGAGCCCGCUAUCUAAAGAAGUACACCGAGCAAUUUGUGAGAAUCUGCGCAAUUCUUGUCUCUCUCUCGCAAACAAACUGCACCGUUCUGGCGGCUACUAGCGUUUUCUGCUUGCUUGAUCUGUAUCUAAAGCGCAGAAUACAGAAGCUCGAGGAGCACACCGAAAAAACCCUCGCCAAGUACUGCGCGCUGCAAGAGCACGCAUGUAGCACAGUUGCAGGCCUAAACGAAAAGAGCAAAGAAAUAGAGGAUUUGCAGACAGAGAAGUACAAGGAAGAAAGGCGCCAUGCGCACAAAGGCUACAGAUUGUGCGAAAGCAAGCUUGUGCGCCUCUAUCUGUCGGCCUCCGCUCUUACCGUGCUGGGCACUGCCAUCUUCCAUGCAUACACUGCGCUGUGCAUUGUGUUUUUGUACGAAGACAAGAAAGCCCUUGCAUUGUUUAUAGUCAUACACAAAAAGAUAGAAAAGCUGAGCAAGUAUUUCAAAAAAAUAAUUUAA